AUGGCACGGCUGGGCCUCUUCGGGGCCGUCCUACUUGUUUCACCUACGCUCUCAUCAGGUUUUUAUGGCAUCGGCGACGUUGCCAGCAAUUCUUCGACGUGCUCGCCUUUAGAUAGCAUUGCCGAUGUUGCCGGCUUUGCGGAGGCCUCGUUUGAAGAGGCCAUCCAGGUCAAACUGCUCCAGGUCAGCACCGAACUAGGGAGGAAGUCAGGCGCCGGUCAGCUUCCGGCGGGACGGCAAUCAUUGGCUGCUCGGAUCGUGGAGCAAGCGCAGCGCAAGUUCUUGCCUGUCACCACUUCGAUCCUCCUGCCGCACGGCCUCGCCUUUGUGAUGGCAGCGCUCCUUAUCAAGCGCCACCGCAAUAGGAAGGCUGAUUACUUCCCAGAAACGAGCGAGGACAGGCCGAGGAGCUUGUCCUACAUCGCGAGCAGGGUUGGCCACAUGUGGAUCAUCCACGCGCUGUCCGUAUUUGUCUUCGCAGUGUCGGCGCCAAGUGCUGACUACAUGUACUUGAACUCCUUCGCCAAGCAUUAUGCCGAUGGGAAGCCGACGGACUGCUCCACAGAGAUGGACACGACGCCCUGCAGCCGGGCGGUGGUGGAUGUCACGCAGAUACAGGUCAUCCGAGGCUUUGCGCUGCCCGUCAUCCAGUUCUUCGCCGGACCCGCUCUAGGCGCCAUCAGCGAUGCCUUUGGCAGGCGUCCAGGUGUGAUUGCCAUCCGGAUAGCUCUGAUGAUUUCGACUGGGGCUGGAGCAGCGGUUGCUUGUUUUGACCUGUCAGUUUGGUUUGAUUUCUGGGUGGGCUUCCUUGGCAUGAUACCGUUCAUGCCCGUGCCCUUGGCUUGGUACAUUGAUCGCCUAGAUCACACGCCGAGUAUUGUGAUAGCAACUGCUUUGGUAGAAAGCACAUGUACGCUGGCUUCGAUUCUGGGCUCGCUUCUUGGCGGCUUUAUAAGUCUGAAGAGUGCGAUGCUGAUCGGCUUUCUGGGCAAGGUGGUUUGUCUCUUUCUCGCAAUCUUCUGGCUACCAGAGUCCCUUCCAGAAGAGAAGCGCAUCCGCUUUACCUGGUCCAGCCUGGCUCCCACAGCCGCCUUGCGGGUUUUGUUCCAGAGUCCCCUGGUGGAGAAGCUUGCAGGUAUUGCACUGAUCGAUUCUUUUCAUUACAGUGGCUUCUACGCAAUGGCAAACCGUUUCUUCCAGCAGCAUCUUGCUCUCAACCGCCAGCAAGCUUAUCUGCAAACCAUGAUGGUGCUCUUCUCGGACAUGGUUUGGCUGUCCGCGGGAGUGUCUGCGCUCUGGCCGAUCCUCGGCCAGGUGGGAAUCUUGGUUGCCAGCACGCUUGCGACAGCACUGUCGGAUGUGCUGUUGAUGCUGGCGAAGAAGCCCUGGCAGGUGAAUUUGAACAGCUUGGUUCUGGGAGGUUUGGGGAACAUGAACAGCUGUGUGAUCGCAGGCGUUGCGGGGAGGGCCGCCUCGCAAGAGAAGCAGGCCAUGUUCCAGAGCGCACUGAAUCUGGCCAUCCAGGUGAGCAGUGCUCUGGGCCCGGCGGCCUUCAUGACCGUCUACCAGCUCCUUGACCCAACAGCUCCGGGCGCCCCCGCCUGGAGGAUGACCGUCUACAUCCUCUACGGGGUCAUGUUCGCGGUCCCGAGCUUGAUGCUCUCCUUCGCGCUCCGACGCUUCCUCCCCCAAGGCGACAAGGACUACGAUUCCGGCUUCAGCAGCUGA